AGACACAGUGUGAACACGUGUUUUAUCAUCUCUCCUUGAGCUCGGCUUUCUUGAUCUUUUGAGGUCACUGGGUCAGAAUGUCGUUGUUGCGGUAUGGGGCAAGUUUUCUUCAAGGAAAAGGAAAAGCUUGUCAUGUGAUUCAUGUUCCAAGAAGGUGGAAAAAAACUAAGAAGAAAUGGCAUGUUCCACAUACACAAAGGAAGAUGGAGCCGUCCUUUAACGCUCUGAAACAUUUUGACGAUAACUACUGCCAUCAAUUUGGUGACGCUUGGCCCUCCAUAAGACUUGGUUUACUUUCAUCUCAGAAAUACGGUGCUCUUAUCAACAACUAUUGUCUUUUGGAAGAAACAGAAGAACUGAUGAAGAAACUUGGAGCGAAGGACUUUAUUCAACCUGUCGCAGAAGAAUUAGAGAAGAUGCACAUUCAAGACACAAUGGAGGAAGAUUCCUUGAUAUCAGACUCUGAACAUACGGACUUAGAUUCCAAUCAAGUCUUGGAAGACAGUUCUAGUUUAUUUCAAGAGCACACUGAUAUAAAUAGAAUUGAAUCUGAGAAUUUGACACGGCAAGAAACUAUGCUAGCUGAUAAACAGUCGUCUCUGGAGGAACAAUACAUCGUUGCUCCCGGAUACGAAGCAAAGAUGGAGUUCUUAUUAAGCUCUGAUGCCAUCAGAAAUACAGAACUAAACACUUCUGUAGUUCCGGAAACAGAAAUCAAACGCAUACAGAAACCAUUAUCGAUCAGUAAACAUCUAAGAUGUUUUAUCCCUGAGGAUAUAAACACAAACCGAUUCCCAGCAUCUAAGAUGGAUUCACACGGUGUCUUCCUUCAGUAUUAUGCAAUGGAUGCAGCAUCUGUUUUACCUGUGAUUGCAUUGGGAAUAUCGCCUGGAGAUGUUGUAUUAGAUAUGUGCGCAGCUCCUGGGGGUAAAACAUUGGCAAUUACUCAGACAAUGUUUAUAGGAGGAUUAGUCGCUAAUGAAUGCGAAUCUUCAAGAAGGCGUCGUCUUAAGUCAGUCCUGAGGUCUUAUAUUGGAUUCGAUGAGAGUAAUCUAGAUGUAAGAAUAACUGCUGAGGAUGGAUGUGAAUGGGGAACCAUGGAACCAGACACCUAUGAUAAGGUUUUGGUUGAUGUUCCUUGUACAACAGAUAGGUUAUCAGCCAGUAAUAAUACUAAUAGUAUCUUUGCUGUAAAUAGAACAAAUGAACGAUGGCAACUUCCUAAACUUCAAUCGGAUCUCCUCUGCGCUGGUUUACAAGCGGUGAAGCCGGGUGGUGAUGUCAUCUAUUCAACUUGCUCAUUAUCAAAUCAACAGAACGAUGCCGUUGUAGAGAGCGCCCUCUAUCAUUGUCAAACAGAGAUCAACAUAGAGGUUGCUGUAGUUGACCUCUCACCUUUGACCCAGUGUCUAGGUCACAUAUUUCACUUCAGUGACAACAUAAGACACGGUCAGUUGGUUUUACCAAAUUUAAAGAAUAACUUUGGGCCAAUGUAUUUUUGUAAACUACACCGUGUUGCUUAAGGGCCAACAGUCAUUUUGGUACAACAGUCAUGAUUUAUCUAUUUUUUAAUUAAUAUCAAAUACUGGACUUAAUUUUUGGAAAAAAUACACCAUAAAAUAACAAGGCUAUAGUUUUGCUUGAAAGUGUAACAAUGCAUCAAAUUUUGGCCUUAAAUGCACAAGGCUAUAAUCUACAUUGCAUUUUACUUUUAGGGCAAAAUUUGAUAUACCCGGGCUAAAGUACAUACGCCUUGUACACGCCUUGUGUACUUUUCAAUCAAUUCAAGAGAAAAGGUGUACAUGAGGCUAUUGGUGUAUAGCGCAAGUUUUGCCUGAAAAUUUGUUAUGCAUUAUUUAAGGCUAUAGCUCAUAGCCUUGUGUACUUUUACUUAUUUUGACUGAAAAUGUGUACAAGGAUAGCCUUGUGUACUUAUGAAUUUUUACCUG